GCCAUGUUUUGCACCUCGGGUACUGGGAAGUCGUCCAGCUCCAAACCAUCCCGGCGAUCGCAGGAUGGCUCUUCGACGACAGUGCCUCUACUGUUGCAUUUCGACGUCAACAAGACGGUCAUCCAGUCUGAUAGCGUGCAGAUGAAAGGUGUGGAGGAAGGCAUCCGGGAGGGCAUCGCCGACCUCUUCUGGGGCAACGUGAGCAAAGUUGGAGGCUCCGAGACCUGGGAGUGGAUCAAGGCCGAGCCCACCUGCACUCCCCCGAAGGAUGAUAUCCUGGCCGUGGGAACCACGCCCCUGAACUACACCCAGUGGUGCAAGCGCACGGUGAAGGACAAGAAGGAGAUGAAAGCAGCUGUGCGCUCCUUCUCCUUAGUGGCCGGGCAGCCUGUUGAGAAGGAGAUGCACAAGCUACUGCAAGUGACCAUGAAGAAGAUGCAGCUUCGGCCAGAGGUCCGGAAGUCCAAAGAGGCCGAAAAUGCAGGGCUCCACGGCCCGACGUUCAACAUGCCACGUUUCCAGCGUUGUUUCACCUGGUGCCUCGGCAUUUCAUUGGCAGCUGACGGGGUGCGCGUUCGGGUCUUACGUCUAGAGUUGUCCAACUGCAACGCCAGAGGAGGCACCUCGCUCCGGCCUUUUGCAAUCCUUUUCCGGUCAUUUGGGGCCGACCAUGAGAAGAUCCAGCAGGAGUGGACCCUUGGCUCGUUCGGGAACGCGUUUUGCGAGCUGCGGCACCCGAUCUUCUCGCCCCUGAUCGAGGACAUCGGGCCGAUGGACGGCAGCGUGCCGGGUGUGCCGGAUCGGAGUGACGGCCAUGGGCCCCUGUUGCUUUUAGAUACCUUCACCAACGGCCCCGACGAGAGCCCCUGGGACGAGUGGGCGCGAACAAAGCCGAAGCCGACAUCCGACACUCGGAACGGCAAAUCCUGGUCCAAGCAGGCUCUCAAGGCCAAGGUCGUGGAAGGCAUGUCUGGAUUCCGCAAGUUUAGCAACGACCACUUGGCCAAGCAGGCCACCGCGGCCAUCAAAGACGAUUGGGCCUGGUGGCAGUUCCAGAAUGAGAAGGCUGCCGGGGGGAAGCUCAUGACCCUCCUGAAGAAGAAGGAUAGCGCGCAGGUUUUCUUCGAUGACAACAUCGAGCCCUUUGAUGCAAGGAUCGUCGACUGCCGUGACGAGUACGGAAACCCCGUACCUGACGGCCAAGCCUUGGACCGUCACCUUGUGAAGGUGAACCCAGUGGAGGCCAUGCUGGACGACCAGUACUUUCUCCGGAAGCUACUGUACACGCAGGGCGAGCUCAUGGAUGUGGGCUCCUCGCUGAUUGGCGUGCAGAAGCAGCUCGCGGAGAAGGAGGAGGAGAAUUCACAGCUAGAGAAGCAGCUGACGAACAUGGGCCGGUUGCCUCAGAAUCCGGGUGGCGGAAGGAAGGCGGUCAUGUGCCAAGCGCGCAGGGCAAUAUCAGUUCUGGCAACGGCCGAGGUCAGCAGCUGA